AUGCCUGCGCGAUCGCCUGUCUCGUACCGCAGCCUCGCCGCUCUAUUGCUCCUCAUAAUGCACAUACAUGGGGAAAACUUUUCUUGCAGUAAAGAUGGAUUGUUCGCCGAUUACGAUGCGGAUUGUGAAGAAUACGUUAAAUGUUCAUCUGGAAAAGUGAAAGGACGAUACUUAUGUCCCGCGGGAAGAGUGUUCAGUGAAGUGGCAGGUGCGUGUAUAUCGAGCCCGAGUAGAAGUUGCAUACAACGUAUUUGCGCCACAGGUGAUUCGUUUGCAUACAACACCCCAACAACCGCGUGUAGACAUUAUUAUCGCUGUGAAAACGGUACCGUUACCGAUCACACCUGUCCGAGCGGAUCCUGGUUUGAUAUAGACCGACAAGCCUGUUCCCGAGGCGCGGGGACGUGCUAUGAACCUGUAUGUGCCGGUUUGCCUGAUGGGAAAUAUCCAGACUCUUCAAAUGAAUGCCGCAGAUUACUACACUGCCGUGGUGCAGAAGUAAGAGCUGUGGAAUCUUGCAAUGGUGUAUGCAGUAAUAACUGCCCUGCUCCUAGAUCUACGGCUAUCCCCAUACCGGUAGGCGAUGCAGACUUCUGUUCAGACGACACAUGCGACUCAUUAUGUGAUAAUGCAGGGGAUGGUGCUUACGCUGAUCGUUCAACAGGUUGCCGUGAAUACUUUGUUUGUAAAUCACAUCGUGUCAUAAGCCGGGGCGUGUGUGAACCGGGAUUUUUGUUCACGGGCAUGGGCUGUGAGUCUGCUGAAUGGAACUAUUGCCCGUCACCAGCGCGAAGCCCUUGCUUCAACCGUCAGGACGGUAGAUACAGGGACUGGAAGAGCUGCUCAUCUUGGUACGACUGCCGACGAGGAAGAGUAGUUUCACGUGAUGUGUGUGGGCCUGGAAAAUCUUUUGAUGGAAUAAAAUGCGUUUCGGAAAAAAGCUUUCCAUGCACAGGACCUGAGUUCUCCAAGCGUUGUGAAGGAAUGCCAAGUGGGACUUACCAACAUCUUGAAUCUAAUUGCAGUCAAUACUACCAUUGUGAAGGACCCUUGGAGUUUAUGUUUGUUUGUCCGGUCGGAGAAGUGUACGAUGGGUCAAAAUGUGUACCCAAGUAUCAAUAUUUAUGCCCAAACUUGGAAAAGGAUUCGUGUUAUGGCCGUGCUAAUGGGCAUUACCGUGCAAAGGAUGCCAGUUGCAGAGCCUUUUAUGCCUGUAUAAAUGGAGACAAAGCUAUGUAUGUUUGCCCAGUUGGAAAUGUGUUUGACGGCGAAUCCUGUAUUCCCGAACGGUUAGAUCUUUGCCCGUCGAAAGAUUACUCCUGUUCAGGAUUAAGUGACGGUUACCAUCCCGAAGUUGACUCAAACUGUCGCAGAUACUUUUUCUGCGAAGGCCAUGACCGACUAGCCACAUUAUCCUGUCUUGGGGGUAAAAUUUUUGACGGACACGCAUGCGUGGACCGCUUACGUCACGAGUGCGGGACUCCACGUAAGCAGAACACCGAGAGUGGAAAACACUGUGACAGCGACGGUUUCUUUGCAGUCCUGGGUACUCAAUGCAAGAAUUACUUCAUUUGUGUAAACGGUCAAAAGACCUACCUAUCGUGUCCCAUCGACCAAUUAUUUAAUGGUCAAGUGUGUGUACCCAAUAAUGAAUACGCAUGUCCUGAUUGA